AUGAACCGUCAGCUAUUCCGUCGCUUAUGGCCUCAACCGGUAGCCAACAAUAGAUCGGAACUACGCGAUCACCAGGCCAACGAACGGACAUUUCUGUCUUGGAACCGUUUCGGGCUAGCCUUUGCAGCUAUGUCACUUGCUCUCACUCGACUUGAUAUUAUUGACAACAUCUUCAACCGAAAACACCGUGAUGAGACAGCCGUGGCUUCCAUAGCAUCAUUGGAGACCAAUUCCGAAGGAAAGUUACCAAGCAGACAGACACAGAACAAGUCGAUUCUUCUUGAGUACGCGAAUGAUCAUGUCGCUAGCCGUGUUUGCCAAGCCAUCAGUAUUUGGUCGUUUGGGUACUCACUUGCCCGGUAUACUUCAACUCGGAGAAAUCUAUUGUUAGGCCGAUAUGUCCCUUCAAUCUGGGGGCCUGUCAUCGUCACACUUGGUUCGCUCGGAGUAUUUGGUAUGACUCUGAAGCUGGGGUAG